AUGAUACUAAGAAAUAUCGCGAUACGGCAUGGCCGAAAAGCACUUGCUGCACCCCUCCGCCUCUCCCAAAUCCGUACCCUCUCAACAGAGACCUCGACCCUCGAAGCCUCAAUAGACAACCACAACAAACAAACCAAUUCUAUUGAAAGCACACUCAAUUCCCUCCACCUCACCCGCAACUUUUCUCCUCCACAGAAAAAGAAACCACAUAAUCCAAAUGUCCCCAACGUCGCAGAAGAAUACCAAAGGUUCAACCAUAUCAAGAAAAGAACGGCGAAAUUAGGUUCCGUCGUACCACAACAUUAUGAACCCCAUCAACUCAUCGUCAAUCCACCGGCACCGAAAGAUAUCACGCUGGAGCUUUUGAUGGCUAGUCAGAGUCAUUUGGGCCAUGCGACUCAACUUUGGAAUCCGGCGAAUCAGAGAUAUAUUUAUGGUAUUAGACAGGGGGUACAUAUAAUUAGUUUGGAGGAAACAGCUGCUCAUUUACGUCGUUGUGCGAAGGUUGUAGAAGGUGUGGCUUAUCAUGGUGGUCUCAUUCUCUUUGUCGGUACUCGUGCUGGUCAAGAUUCCGCAGUGGUGAAAGCUGCUUCUCUCGCGAAAGGAUGUCAUCUUUUCAAUCGUUGGGUCGCGGGUAGUAUUACCAAUGGUGAUCAAAUUCUCGCCAAGUGUGCUAUUAAGGCUAUAGAUGCCAAUGAUGAAGUUGUAGCGGGGUUCGAGGACAAAGUUAUGAAGUGGAAGGCGUUGAAACCCGAUUUGGUGGUUUGUUUGAAUCCGUUGGAGAAUUAUAUUUUGUUGCAUGAGUGUGGUUUGCAUAAUAUUCCAACGAUUGGGGUUAUUGAUACGGAUGCGGAUCCUACUUGGGUUACGUAUCCUAUACCGGCCAAUGAUGACAGUCUGAGAUGUAUUCAACUCAUAGCAGGAGUAUUAGGUCGUGCGGGAGAGGAAGGUCAAAGAAAACGUCUACAAGCUGCAAAAGAGGGCACAGUUACUUGGUUACCACCACCAGGUCUUGGUGAACCUGUAACUGCAGAAAGUAAAGCGAGGGAAGCUGCUGAAAAGGCAGCAGCUAAGAAAAGAGGUGGUUCAAGUAGUUAA